GGAGAGAUACGAAGGCAUUAUUGUUACAAAUUAACUGGUGUAUUUCUUUCGCCACGUAUCCGUUGAUGGGUCAAGGGCUGUCAAUACUGAAAUACCGAUACAUUCCAACCGCCCAAGAUAGAAGGGAGAAAUGUUCAAACGCCAAUUAGAUAUCCGGGAGAGAUCAAUCCACGUACAAGUAGGAAUGUAUUCUCGCAUUCUUUCUCGGAAGCACCAUGACAACUUCUACGUCUUGGCAAUGUUGUCUGUUGUUUCUUUUUCCUGUCAUUUUCCUAUCAACACUGUCUUUACAAUAAAUCCCACAAUAGAUUGAUAUUGCAAGUGCAGAUAUCAUGCAACAGAUAGAGAAGUUUCCUUUACGAUCUUAUUAUCCACGUUCAUUUAGAUUCUACCACCGAAACAAGGGCAUCGAAAAUAGAGCUAAAAAAUUCCCAAUUCGUUAAAAUAACUAUCUUGUACAAUUAAUAUUUCAACAUGCCUCCUCCGUCUAUAGGAACCGAGAUCCCAAUCGGUUCGACAACCAUAUCUCUUGGGGGGAUUAUUGGUAUUGCCAUUGGCGGUACCAUCGCGUUGAUUGUGAUUGGGGUUGCAGCAGUUACAUAUGUUAAACGAAACCAUCGAAAUGCACUCAAACUUCGAGAGAGCGAAGCUGGAGACGGCAAGGAGACGAGCUUCGCUGCUCGAGCAAAUUCAUCGCCAUAUUCCCUUCCUAUUUUCGCGACUCCUUACCAUUAUCUACCGCCUAGAAAUGCCCCUCGACGACGUAGCACGGUCGUACACACAAGCUUUAUUGAUGAGGAUGAAGAUGAGGAGGAUGAUAACAUAGUCAGACCAGGCACGAAAAGAUCAUCAGGACCGAAAAGCGUUUUUCAAAAACGGAGGUCUAGCAUUAGAGAUUCGUGGCCAUUGGCAUCUAGGGUUCAAACUACCACAGCACCACUUUCACGUGUUCAGUCAGAGAAAAACAUACGAAUCAAUUGUGUCGCCCCUCCAGGAUAUGUUCUACCCGAGCCGCAACGUCCGAAGAGAACAUUUUCCAGAAAGUCUCCUGUCAAAAAUUCAGAUUCAGUAGAGGACAUCACAAUCGUUGAUGGAGAACCAAGAAUAAGGCACAGCAGGCACCGAUCGAACUCUGAAAACCAAUUAUCUUCGAUUCUGAAGUCGACAUCUCAACGUCUAAGAGACACCCACAGACACUCUGUGAGGAAGAGUUGGAACAACCUUGGCAAAUUUCCAGGAUCUCCUCCCAAACAGAGGCUACCGAGCCCGCCAAUAAACAAAGCCACUGAAAGCAGGGAGGUCUUACUCGCUCCUCAAUGCUAUACGCCAGAUAACGACUCCCUUCAGGAAUUACAAUCACCACGAACUCCAAGCCCAGGGAAAAGGGUUCCAAGAACUGCUGGUAGAGCAUUUAAGAAACGAGGACGUUCGCCAACACCUUCUGGAGACUCCGACGACAGCCUUUGCGGAAUCGAUACCCCCGAUCUUGUUAUUCCAGCACAGCUUACGUCGCCAAGUAAAAGUGGACGAAGGCUUGAACAGCGGCAUCGAAUGAAUCUCUCUCCCACGAAAGGUUCUGCUAGUGCAGUAAAAACAUAUCUUGCCCCAAAAUCAUCACUCACAAGCGAUCCUUUCUUCUCCUCCGUGAAGAGCGCAAAAAUUACUCCAUCUACUACAAUAUACGGACCACAGCCGCGUUACAUGAGAAAGGCUACUUUCGGGCAAGAAGAAACAAAGGAGAAGCCAGAAAUUCAUGGAGAUUUACCCUUGAAAAAUAUCUCAGGCAAUCACUUGGGGCCACUGGUCAAAGAACCUCGACAUCCACCUCAAUCUUCGGAGCUCAAUACGUUCCAAUGGUCACCUAAGGAGGCUAGGCAGUCUCGACGUGUGUCAGCAAGUCCCAAAAAGGUUAUAUCAAAAAGGAAAGGUCAUAAGCGAUCAAAUGUUGUCAGAAUUUCUGGCUUGUCCAGACCCACAAGCGUUAGUGUUGUUCAUGAAGAGUCAGAAGGUGACUCACCUGGCAUGACAACAACAAUAUCUCGUCCAACACUUCGUGUAGUAGAGCCAAGUCCUUCGUGUACUUCACUCGCUAGUCGACAAUCUAGUGCACUGGUGCCACGGCCACCAUCCGUGUCUACUUUCAACCCAAGCAUUUCCGUACCGUCUUUAAAACCAGAGUCACGACAGGUAUCUUUGAGUAGUCAUGAAUCCAAAACACAACCUCCUCUGAAGAUCGAUCCUACCUUCAAUAUUCCAUCACUUAAGCCCGUGGAGAGACAUGCAGCUCCAGAAUCAGAAGAGUACUCUCCCACGCCACCGUCGUCAAAAGUUAAUCCACUUCUAAAUGUUCCAUCCUUGAAGCCAGUAGAACGGUAUAUAUCCGAGUCGCCAGACCUAGAGGAAUACUCUCCUACCUUGUCAGUUUGUAAUUAUUACGCCGAAAACCUUAAUUCCGAAGUCGAAUUCUUUAAACACGCUCGAUCGUCACUUGCUAUGAAGUCCCAGGUCCGCCGUCAUUGUCAAAACAUUGACGAGGAAAUCAUAAGCCCCGAUACUCCCACUGAUACCUUGGUUUCUUUCCCGGCAAUUCCUUCGCAACAACCUGCAAAUGGAAAAGGAGACCGAACUAACCCCCCGGGUGUUCUAGAAUCUUUGAGAUUAGGACGUCCACCAUCACUAGCUAGCAACACAUCCAGUUUUCCACGGCUAUCAAAUACCAACAUCACAAUGAUUAGACCACCAAGCCCUAAACGAGUAUCUUUCAGUGAAAUCCCCAUUAACAGAUCAUCUAGCCCCACUCGCCUCCCUCAAUCGUUCACGAACACUGCCAAUAAUGCACUAGUCCUAGGUCCCAGACCCCUAUCUCGCCCCAAGGCUCCAUUACCUUUAACCAUUUCAUCCGUCUCCUUGCCAGCUCCUCCACUUCUCAGCAAUCCUCUCCCGAUCCCUGCUCAUCUUACUGGACCUCGCCCGGAGGCCCACAAAUCAGCCUCCUAUAGCUCCGCGAUGACUUCUUUCACAUACAAUACACCGAACUCCACGCGUGACUCAAUCGCCACAAGCAUUGGUCUCUUGCGUCGAAUGAAUUCCGAGAUUUCUUGUAUUAGUGCUGGAGACACCGAUUCUUCUCCCAUGGUGCCUGGAAUUGGUCUGGAUUGGGGUGAUCGUCGCCGCAUGAGCCGUGCAUCUCGUUUCUACCUCUCGAUCGGCUCACCUAUUGAUGGUGCACCUGUCCCAAACCAUCGAUCUUCUCUCAGUAUGCUCUAUCCAAAUUCCUAUUCUGCAUAUUCUAGCUCUUAUUUUCCGCAAGGCAAUGAUUCAAGUACCAGUAUCAAUAGCAUUGGUGAAAGGCGGCAAUCUAGGAGUGAUUUAAUGAAUCCCAAUUACGGGAAUUUGCAAGACAUCCUCGAGGAUAUAAACGCCAGUCGCGGGGGAAGUAGUCCGGUGGCAAUGGGGAGGUAUGCAUUAAAUGUUAAGGAGAAGAAAUUAUCAUUGACAAGUCUUACUGUUCUUCCUGACGGAGGAGUCGGGUAUAUGAUGGAUUAUCAGGAGGAGGAUGAGCAGGUUAUCGAACCCUUAUCGUUGUCAAAAGCAAGCGCAAAUGCAGAAAAAGAAGCAAAACCCAGAAAAGAAAAAGAAACACGAUGGUCUGAUGCAAUGAUCAAACCACUCACGAAAAAUACCCGUCGAGAGAGUAAAAUGGAACAUCCAAGCCCACAAACACCACCGAAGUGGGGCUGGAGUCAAGCUGUAAGUGUGGCAAAAGAGAGAUGGAGUGGAAGUCCAACAAGAGAUAAAGAGAAUUCGUUAGAUAGCGAGUGGGAUAAAGGGAGAGAUAGCCCAGAGAGCUUAGGAUUGUACGAUCAGGAUGGAUUCCUUAGAAGUUCGCCAGAACGGACAAAAGUAGAUGCUAAUGAGGAGAAGAGGGCAAGAGCGGGGAGAGCGACAGUUAGUGGGCUAAAGACGGAUUUAAUGGAGGAGAAAAUGAGGGAAAGACUAUCUGCGAAUAUCACCACAUGAGGAAGUUUGAAUGCGAUGGUCCGGGAAAACGAGGUGAAGGAGCGUGGAUCAUAUUCGUACACCGAGGUGGAAAACAUAUUUGUCUGCUUUUGUAAUGAGUUUUGAAACGUACGAGAUUAUAGUUGAUCUUUGUACAUCUGGCGUUGCUCGCGACGGAAUUCCUUUUAUGAUCUCUA